AAAACAAUCGCUCGAGGAAGUUGAAUUUGUGCGCUCGACGAAGGAAAAAUCGCUUCGAAUGAACUCGUCACCAAAGAUCAGCCGGUUUCGCGUUUGAUAGAGAGCCUAGAUCACAGGUAACGACGCGUUUCAAGAAGAGGACCCGCGUUUGAAACAUGGCGAACGGAUACGACGAGUGCUACGACGCGUCCUGGCAUGUGUUUCCGCCAGAUUACGUGGAGGACGAUUACAGAAUAUUGGAGAGCAUAAAAAUGCCCAGGACGAGUUUCCACAUCCACGACAUCCUGCAGCUCGACGCUAAACCGUCCCAGGAGGAAACGGAGGUCCAAGGGAGUACCACGGUCCUUCCAACGGCGAACGAUGUUCCGUCGGCCUAUCAGCAGUUCUUCGAGCACACGACGGCCAUGUUGCAACCCGCGUUGUACGCGAAUCUGAACAGAGGGACCCUUCCACCCCCGCCGCCAGGGCUCCUAGGAUGGCCGGCUGGUCCAACGUUACCCACGACCCUGCCUCAGCCUCUGGAAGAACUCAACGUGCUCCAGCAGCCAGACUCGACCAGCCCGGCGAUCUCCGACCUGUCCUUUGCCCCGAAGCAGGAGAACAACCACGAUUGCAAAGAGGAGGAGUCGGCCGACUUCGAGGACGAGCAGCAAACGAGCGACACGCAGCCUCACGAGACCGAGCACAAGAAGAGGAAACGACGGGUGCUGUUCUCCAAGGCGCAGACCUUCGAGCUGGAAAGACGUUUCCGUCAGCAGAGAUACCUGAGCGCCCCGGAGAGGGAGCAUCUGGCUUCGAUAAUCCGGUUGACGCCCACGCAGGUCAAGAUCUGGUUCCAGAACCACAGGUACAAGACGAAGAGGGCGGCCACCGAGAGGGUGGAGGCCAGCGGUAGCGGAUGUUCGCCCAGAAGAGUCGCCGUUCCGUUGCUGAUAAAGGACGGGAAGCCUUGUCAGUCGAAGCUGAUGGAACCGUCCGCUUAUCCCAGCUCCGGGCAGGUUCCCAUGCCGCCAUAUAUGCAGAAACCUUACUGGUGGUAAGAGGAACCACGAACUAUUUUGUGAACGCGUCUUUGUGAACGAUCUUAUCCCCUUGGAUACUUUGGGGCACACGGUGUACUUGAAGUAGAACUCUUGGAUGGGGGAGGGAUCGGUGAAUAAAUAUUUCAGUGGUUGAGCAGGAAGUUUAACUUGGAACUUUGAUAGAAAAUUUGCAAAUUCGCGAGUGAACAGAUUGGGAGAGAAUUGUGAAAUCUAUCUGGGACUAUGUUUCGGCCAAAGUAGUUCAGGAAUAGUGGAUAGCAACUGAAAGCUAUGGGGAUCGCUCCGACAUUUUGGAAGAAAUGUUGGUCUGACCAAAGAUGUUUGGAUCUACUUGGAACGUUUGAAUCGAAGUUGGUCAGAUCGAUGGUAACAGCGAUGGGGAAUUAAUUCUCUUUCCAAAUAACAUUCGUUCCUUGUAAGAAUCCCACCUGCGAGAAAAACGAGGAGACAAUCCAAAGACAACGUUGCAUCGAAAUUC